AGAGAGAGAGUAGUGUUAAGAGGAGGAAACAAAAAGUAGAGUAUAACCUGUAGAUUCAAUGUAAAGUCGCAGAGAUUAAAUCUCCGGGUCUGCAUCGUGGAAGAGGACGAGUGGAUUUUUGGGAAAGAAGAACAACGUCUGCCGGUGAAGAACAAUAGAGAGGAAGAGGAGGAAAGGAAACGGGUGAGCCUGGCUGCUUCUGGGACCAAUGUGAAGGGGCUCUGAAAAGGAAGACUCGGAGAGGAGCGGGACAAAGAACACAAACUCACCUUCAGGAUGUCUGUGUCUCGGAGGUGUCUGUGCUGUGUCAAAUAUUUGAUGUUUGUCUUCAACCUCAUUUUCUGGCUCGGCGGAUGCGGCCUGUUCGGCAUUGGAGUCUGGCUGUCCUUCACCCAGGCCGAGUUUUCCUCUCUUCCCGUGUCCUUCCCGUCGCUCUCGGCCGCCAACCUGCUGCUGGUCGCCGGCGGCAUCACCAUGGUGACCGGCUUCCUGGGCUGUCUCGGAGCCCUGAAAGAGCAACGCUGCCUGUUGUUCAUGUUCUUUGUCAUCCUUCUGGUCCUGGUCCUGACGGAGGCCACUCUCAUAUUGGUGAUCCACAUCUUCCAUGACGAGCUGGAUUCCAAAGCACAGGGGGAACUAAAGGAAGGAAUGAAGAUUUAUUUAUCAGAACCUGGACUGAAGAAAUCCUGGGACAACGUCCAGAAAAUGUUCAAAUGCUGUGGAGUAACGAACAAAACCGACUGGUACGACGUGCUGAAUGGAACGCUGCCGUCGUCCUGCUGCUCCGUGGGAACGGACCACUGCGUGGACGGAUGGACUGAGCCGUGCUACCAGAAGGCCCGGCGGUGGCUGCUGGAUAACAUCCACUCGGUUCUGGUGUUCGGCCUGUGUAUCGCCGUGGUGCAGAUCCUGGCCCUGGUGUUCUCCUUGCUGAUGUACUGUCAGAUUCUCUGCGCCGAGAAGGCCUUGGACUGAUUGCAGACCAGCUGUCCACCGGCUGUUGAGAGGAAAGCUCAUCACGAACUCCACUCGGAUCUCAAGACCUCCUCAACACCUGAUCCCAACUUUCAAAACCCACCCAUCCCGAGCGCGUUCAUUGCUUACUGUGGUUUCUGGACUGAACACAGGGGGCCUUUUCAAAUGCUCUGAGACAUUGUUCUUAAGAAUUAAGGUCCACCAAAAAAGCAGUAGUAACUCUAUCCAACCAAAUCAGUGGGCGAUCGGCAGUAGUAGCAGACUGAGGAGGUUUGGUAGUACCGUGACAUGUAGUAUAGGGACCGUCGUGGUUUAAGGUUUCGUGACGUCAGCUCAGGAAGGUUUCAUUUUCCUGCUAGAAUUCAAAAAGCAAAACAAAUGACGGUGAAAUUUCAAUUCAAUUCAGUUUAUUUGUAAAGCCCAUUCUCACAAAUUACAAAUUUGUCUCAGAGUGCUUUACAAUCUGUACACAUAGACACCCCUGACCUUUGACCUUUGACCUCACAUCGGAUCAGGAACAACUCCCAAACAACCCUUCACGGGGAAAAAAGGAAGAACCCUUCAGGAGAGCAACAGAGGAGGAUCCCUCUCCAGGAUGGACAGAACAAUAGAUGUCAUGUGAUCAGAAGGAAUCAUUACAGAGUUACAUAAACAUUCAUUGAAUAUGACAGAGUGUAUGAAUAGUUAGUGGUAGGCAUGGACCACGAUCCAUGUAAACAGAUGGAGGUAGAGAGGAGGAGAAGACAUAACCUUAAUGCUUUGCUCCUGGAGAACAACCUGGAGGAGCGUUGGGUCCUCGGUCAUCUCACAAGGCGCCUCAGGCUCUCCUUAUUAUACAGUAUUUUAUACAUAGAGUGGCUUUUGUUAUUAUUAUUCUCUUCAUAUUUCUGUUUUAAUGAAACAAGACGUGCAUUCUCUUAUUUAGUAGGACGGUUCCUCAUCGAUCCUGAUUUCAUUUUCUGGAUUUCAUUAUUUGUCCACGAUGUCAAGAAGAGAGGACAAGUAAUACUACCUUAAGCUUUAGCACUAUAGUUCACUUUGUUAAUAUGUUAAAGCCUUGUAUAUAUUGCUAAACUAUAUGAGCAUUUGAGUGACUUCACAGCUUUACAGUGCUCUUAUUUCCAUCUAUCUCAUCUAAUCAUGACAGCGAUAUUAUGAAGAUA